CGCACCAUAUCUGUACCCUCUCGUCCUCAGCUGAGCAACACAACAUCCCUCACCGACGACCGCCUCCGCUUCAUACGCCUGCAGGCAGUCAGGCUGCUCCGGCCCCAACCCACGUCUACGUACGUCCUCACAUCACACAUCCUUCAUACAUUGGUGCCCCUGAGGAUGGAGGCACUCCUCUGCGCUGCGCAAUGGGUGGUGGGACAGGCGCUGGCCCCCAUUGCCGAUGGUCUGCUGGAGGCUUGGGGUGCCAGCAAAAGCUUGGGUCUCAACAUUGAGGCCCUUAAGAUGGAGCUGCUUCUGGUGAAGGCCACCCUUGAACUCGCCGGCAGCAAGCAGAUCUGUGGCCCGGCCAUGGAGGAGCUGCUGGGGAAGCUGCGGCUUUCGGCACACUGUGCCGAGGACUUGUUGGAUGAGCUGGACUACUUCCGCAUCCACGACCAGAUCCAUGGCACAUACGACGCGGCAAACCAGCAUGCCAAGGGCGGCGUCCACGACCUUGCCCUUACUGCUCGUCACGCCGCCAAAUCUGUUGGCAAGCUGUCAUUUAUAUCUUCAUUAUGUUGUUCUGCUCCAAGUCCUGCAGGCCAUCCUGCUCAAGUAGAAGAUGCAAGACGGCGACCAAGUCGUUGCGGUUGGCCGCGUGCUAGGCCGAGGUCACAAGGAAAUUCAUCCUCUGCACCAAACGCCAAUCAGGAGCUCAAAGGAUGCAUGCCCAGGCUCGGUAUACUCCUCCCUCGCUCAUCAUCCCCACCUGUUUGUGUUUCCGGCCAGCCAACUCUUUGCGGUGCGCCACAAAGAGAAACACCAUUGCUUGAGUUCAAUAGGGCUGAUUUCUCUGAAAGAAUGAACAUUAUUGUAGAGCAAUUGCAGCCUGUGCGUAGAGAGGUUACCAACUUUCUGCAGAGUUGUAACCCCAUGACUGUCCCAGAUAUUGCCAAGUCUCGUCCCAUCACCACCUGCCAAAGUAUAGAGCCAAAAUUGUAUGGGAGAGACCAUAUCGUUGCUAGCAUCAUACAUGAUAUGACCAAGGGUGAAUGCACUAGCAAGGAUCUAACCGUGCUUCCAAUUGUUGGUCCAGGGGGAAUAGGAAAAACAACUCUGAUACAACACAUAUACCACAAUAAAGUUGUGCAAAAUCAUUUUCAUGUAGUGAUUUGGGUAUGUGUAUCCCACAGCUUCAAUCUGAAUAAGUUGCUUGAAGAAAUUACAAAAAAGAUCCCUCCAGUUGCAGGGGAAAAGGGAGAUAGGCCAGAGGAGUUGAUUGCACAAAGAUUAAUAUCUAAAAGGUUUUUGCUUGUACUAGAUGACAUAUGGAAGAUUGACGGUGACGAUGACUGGAAAAGGUUACUGCUAUCACUCAAAACACCAGAAGGGAAAGGUAGCGUGAUUCUACUCACGACCCGGUUUCCAGCAAUAGCAAAAAAGGUUAAAGUAACUAAUCCUAUAGAAUUGAAUGGAUUAGAAUCAGAAGAAUUUAGGAAGUUAUUCCUUGCAUUUGUCUUUGAUAAUGAGCCCUUUACAAGUGACCAAAACUGUUUGCUCGAGAUAGGAUAUAAGAUAAUGGAAAAACUAAAGGGCUCCCCUCUUGCUGCAAAAACUGUUGGUACAUUACUGGGAAAGGACCUUAGUUUGCGUCAUUGGAGAAGGGUGUUAGAAAGUAAAGAAUGGGAGACACAGAACGAUCCCAAUGACAUUAUUCCUGCCUUGAAGCUUAGUUAUGACCAUCUUCCUUUCCAUCAACAACAAUGUUUCUCCUAUUCCGCAUUAUUUCCUGAAGAUUACAAGUAUAGUGCCAAAGAGUUAAUCAAUUUUUGGAUAGGAAUGGAUAUUUUACAACCUAGUAGUCAAAACCAAACAUUGGAAGAUUUAGGUUUGAGCAAUUUACAUGAUCUAGUCGCAUAUGGAUUUUUUGGAGAAGAGAAAACCAAUGGUUGCUCAUCUUAUGUUAUACAUGACCUGCUACAUGAUUUAGCAUUGCAAGUUGCAUCUCAUGAUUGUAUUGCUAUACAUCAUUCUAAUGUAGGUUUAGUAGAAAUUCAGCCAUCCAUCCAUCACAUGUCAAUAAUCAUAGAUUGUGAUGAUGCAUUGUCCCGUGAGAAGUUAAAGUGCCAACUGGGGAAAAUGAAGACAAGAUUGAAUGUUAAGCAAUUGCAUACAUUGAUGUUGUUUGGACCAAUAGGUGACUUUUGCAUCAUUUUAGGUGAUUUGUUUAGUGAAGCAAAUGCUCUCCGUGUUCUUCGUUUGGUUAAGAUACCCACUUCAGUGGAGUCCAUGAUACAUAACUUUUCAUCACUUAUCCAUCUACGAUACUUAUGUCUUGGGACAAAGAAGUUUGAGAAGGAGAUACCUUUACCACUUGUCAUUUCUAGAUUCUAUCAUUUAAAGAUUCUGGAUCUAGGAUCAUGGCGUAGCCGUUGUUAUUUUCCCAGAAACAUGAGCAACCUUGGAAAACUGUGUCAUUUUCAAACCCCACCUUAUGAGUUCUAUUCUGAUAUUAUCAAUGUGGGGAACCUUAAAUUCUUACAAGAGUUGAAGGCAUUUAGUGUAAAUAAGGAGAGUGAAGGAUUUGAACCCAAGCAACUAGAGGAUUUGGCCGAACUGAGGGAGCUUGGCAUAUAUAACCUUGAGAAUAUAUACACAAAAGAAGAAGCAGCCACAACAAAACUGAUGGACAAAAACCAUUUGGAGAGGUUAACAUUAGAUUGGGAUAGUGAGCGGGCGAAUAUUGAGCCUGAUGUGGAAGCCGUCGUUCUUGAGAGCCUUCAACCACAUAGAUAUGUUCAAGAUUUGUGUAUUAGAUGGCAUGGAGGGUUUUCUUGUCCAACAUGGCUGGGUGAUAGGCUCGCUGUUGAGGCUCUUGAAUCUCUUCAUCUGUGUGGUGUUUCUUGGGAAUAUCUCCCUCCUUUAGGGAAGAUGUGGCGUCUUGUUAAUGUAAUAUUGAAGUAUAUUGCUGCAUUGGAGAAGUUUGUUAUAGAGCAAAGCUUUUGCAUGCUAAUAAGGCUUGAGCUUGUUGGCUUGGAAAGUUUUGAAAAAUGGGUUCCAUCAGAGGGUGUUGAUCAUAUGUUUCCUGUUUUGCAAGUAUUGAUUGUAGAAGACUGCCCUAAACUGUUGGAGUUGCCAUUUUCAAACCGCUUUGUUGAUCCUAAACCAGAUCAAGACCGGGACAUUUGUUGGCUUCCCAAACUGCAAGAGCUUGUGAUACGGAACUGUCCACAACUCUUGUUAGCGGCUUGUAUCCCAUGGACAGAAACUCUGCGCAUCGUCAGUAUAGGGGAUAUAAAGCUACUAGGGGGGUUUGAGUACAGUUCAAGAUCAUCCUUUCUGAUUGUUACUGGGAAGGAUGAUCUGCAGAGCUUAGAUGAGGUGGUAGCAUUCAAUAGCCUGACACGUCUUGAGGAGCUGAGGCUAAAUAAGUGCCCACCUCUGCAGUCAAAGCACUUUCUUCUGCUGACCUCAUUGAAGAAAUUGGAUGUAUGGAGUUCAGAAGUUGUGGUUGACGCUGUGGGAGGUAAAGGUGAUGUGGAAUGGUGUCACCCCCUUGAGCAUCUCUGGGUCGAGGCAUCAUCUGGUUUCAAGAAACUGACAGAGCUCCUCACCCACCUCCCAAGGCUCACCGAGUUGAAGAUCUGGAAAUGUGAAAAGUUAACACGGCUGGCAGUGGAGAUGGAUGAGGAGAAAGAAGAAGAUGAUUCAGGGCUGCUGCUCUUGCCUACCCAUCUCUCUGACACACUAGAGUGCUUGACCAUCGUUAGCUGUGAGCAACUAGUACUGGUGGACCCCAGCGGAGCAGGACGAGGGCUGGAGGCCCUGCGGUCUCUCAGGUGGUUAGUGAUUUCUGCCUGCCCCAAGGUACUAUCCGCCAAGAACUCUUUCUCCUGCUGCUUUCUCCCACCCAGUCUGCAGAUUCUCGAUCUUUAUGCUGCCAGCGGCAUGGGGACGCUGGAGCCCCUCUCAAACCUCACCUCUCUCACCAAAUUGAAGUUGACAAGUUGCGGAGAGGAUCUAAGAUGCAAGGGCCUGGGGCCUCUCCUUACCACCGGGGCACAACUCAGAAAUCUACACGUACGUCACAGCCCUGGAUUCUUUGAUGGAUGGCAUCCCAGUCAGCUGCAGGAUGGAGCAGGAGAAGAGCAGCAGCUUGUUUCCCCUGGUACUGGUAGUUCAUCCAAACUGGACAUGCUCUGGACAGAUGAGGUGAUGGGACUCCUUGCUGCGCCCAUCUGCACCUUCCUCUCUUCCUCCCUCACGGAGCUAUGGCUUUUUGGGUCGCCCUGCCGCCAAGAGAUGGAGCGCUUCACCAAGGGGCAAGAGGAGGCGCUUCAACUCCUCGCCUCCCUCCAGGAACUCCAAUUCUAUUAUUUCAACAAGCUUCAGAGCCUCCCUGCGGGGCUACACAAGCUCAACAACCUCAAGAAAUUGAAGGUCUACUCAUGUCCAGCCGUCCGGUCGCUGCCCGAGGAUGGCCUCCCCAAAUCACUGCAACAACUAGAAGUCUCCAGCUGCGGCAAUGAGAUGCUAAUACAAGAGUGCAGGGGGUUAGUGGGCUCCAUCGCAAAAAUCAAUUAGACUCAUGCAAGGCCUCUCUGCCUUGGAGUUCCCUUGUACAUUCUUCUAGCCUUGUUUAACUCAACUUUCCAAGAACAUGCACCCUCCCCACAUGCAUGACAUGGGGGUGCCACCUUC